GUUAAACAGGGAAACCUCACGUGCCUCCGGUGCGCCCUGCAAAAAAAAGAAAAAACCGAGCCCUAACGAUCUUCCGCCGAUAUUAACGCGCGCCCUCCGCGUCUGGCGUCCGCGGGCUUCUUAAAGGCGCAGCGACACCUGCUUUCGUGCGUCACACCGAGGUUCCCCUCGCAUCUCAUCCAGCGCCAGAGAGCAGUAAAGCGGGGAAAUAUUCGACGUUUGACGGCGGAUGAACCGUGUUUGAGGUUCGGGUGGAGUCGAGCCACAUAUUGAGCAGUGACACACUUCAGGACUCAAUCAUGAAGGACGGAAUGGCUAAUAACAGCACGGCCAGCAUCUCUCAGGCCCGGAAAUCUGUGGAGCAGCUGAAGAUGGAGGCCUGCAUGGACAGGAUAAAGGUGUCCAAGGCCGCGGCGGACCUGAUGGCGUACUGUGAUGCUCAUAUACGAGAGGACCCGCUCAUCGUGCCCGUCCCGGCCUCAGAGAACCCCUUCAGGGAGAAGAAGUUCUUCUGCACCAUCCUCUGAGUUUGGGACGGGCCGCAGGUUCUGUGUCCUCGUCUCUGGCUGCCGCCGUUGAGCUGUGUUUGAGCGGCUGUUGACGGUCAGAUCCCUCCUGGACGCCUCUGGGGGGUCUGGGGGGGGGGGUCAAUUAACUGGCAACCCAAUCAGAGCGUCUCAUGUCUCGUUAAAUAGGUUUGCUAUUACUUCGUAAUUAGAGAACAGCCUUUCUCACUGCUUAUGAGAUGAGAGAUUUUUGUGUUUUUGUUCUGUUUGUGUCACAGAGGAUGUGAAACCCUGAUGUUUUUAUGAACUUAAGCUGUUUGAUAUGCAUUACUGGUCAAAUGUUUGGACACACUUGAGCGAAUCGUCAAAAAAAAAAGCUUAUGCAUUAAUAAUUCAAAUUAUUAUUAUUAUUUUUUUACUUUUAAUCUGAGGACAAAAAAGACAACUCAAUAUAACAGCUGUUACUUAUGCAUCCAUGCAUUAAUUAUAUUAAUGGAAAUAUAUGUCAGAUCAUACAGUUGUCAUGAAGUCACAAUCCAUUUUCCUGCUAUUGCAAAUAUUUAUUCGUUCAUAGGUUUAAUUAAAAGAAAGGAAUUAUCUCCGUGUUUUGAAUGAUUGAAAUUAGUUGUUAAGAAAUUGUAUGAAUUUGUUUACAAAACUGGAAUUUGAUUCAAUUAUUUUAAAACUCGAAUUUGAUUGAUUAAUGUCCAAAAGGAGACAGAAGAAGCAUGUUUUAAUCUCUACAUUAUGCCCAGACUCCCAUUUGUUUUAUUUCAUAGCUUUCAUGACUAUUCUCUGCUUUAAUAAAAAACAUAAUGCAUCCGAACUUUUGACUUUAAUGCUGAAAAUUCAGCUUUGCAUCAAAUGAAUAAAUUGCAUUUUUAAAUAUUUUCAAAUAGAAUCAGUUGUUUUCAAUUGUAAUAAUAUUUCACAAUAUUUUACUGUAUUUCUAAUCAAAUAAAUGCCUUCUUUGUGCGCGUAAGAAAUAAUAUUCGUAAUAAAGAGCGAGCAGAUGUGUCCAAACCUCUGACGUGUUGUGCAUCUGUAAUGCGUUUCCAUUUGAAUGAUUUCCCAUCUCUCCCCAUUUUCCGCUAC